AAAAAAUGACAAUUCACAAAUAAAAAUUCAUUCAAUCCUCUUUAAGCGGGCGCUAAUUUAAAAAUUUUCAGUUGAUUAUGAAAUGAUAUCGGAACCAUGGUUUUCCUAGGAAUUAACGGUUUCGGCCGAAUCGGCCGCAUGAUCCUCAAGCUGGCGAUCGAAAGGGACAUGGAGGUCAGGGCCAUCAACGAGCCCAACACCUGCGAUACGGCCUUCUUGGCCUACAUAUUCAAACACGACUCCACCCACGGCCGAUUCUUCGGAAAAGCCGUCCCGGAAGGGGACUGCUUGAACAUUAACGGCAUGAAAAUCAGAGUAUACAGAGAACGCGAUCCUUCCAAGGUGCCGUGGCUAAAUACUUCAGUCGAUUACGUUGUGGAUAGUUCUGGGAAGUUUACUUGUCGAAACGAAGCCAACAAACUCCUUUGUGGCGGUGCUAAAAAGGCGGUCGUUUGCGGCCUGAGCGACGACAUACCCAUGUACCUUUGCGGGAUAAAUUUGAAGAAAUACAAGUCAUCAGAAAAGAUAGUCUCGUUGGGCGCUUGCUGCACCAAUUGCCUGGCGCCCAUAGCGAAGGUACUGAAUGAUAAGUUCGGCAUCGCAUCGGCACUGGUGACGUCUUUGCAUUCGGUUACUCACGGCCAGCAGGUCUUGGACGCGGUAGGAAAGCAGUACCGCCUGUCCAGAGGCGCCUUCCAGAACAUCAUACCCACCGCGCCGAAGGCCUUCGACGCCGUCACCAAAGUCAUACCGGCAUUGAAGAAGAAAAUCCUGGGCAUCCAGUACAGAGUGCCGACGCCCAACGUUUCGGUCAUGUCAAUCUCGGUGCAACUGAAGAAAUGCACCAGCUACAAGCAGGUGAAGUGCGUCAUACGCGAGGCGGCCGAGAACGAUUUCAAGGGCGUUUUGGGCUACACGGAGGAGCAGGCGGUGUCGACGGAUUUCCUGGGCAGCACCUGCUCGUCGGUGUUCGACGCCUCUGCGGGGCAAAUGCUCAAUCCGAAAACGUACCAUUUGGUAUCUUGGUACGACAACGAGGUGGGUUACUCUUCGAGAGUUUUGGACACGGUCAAACACAUGGAGGAGCAGGACAUCAUAGCCAGAGAGAUGGCGAUGUUGAAGCAGAGGAGAAAGAAGCAGAAAUGCUAGAGCGAAAGUUCUUUGGAGAAGUGUCCUUUUCAAUUCAAUAUUUCUUUAAAUAUCUCCUAACAAGAUCACUUGUUAAUUGUAAAUUAAUUGAAAAUUGUUUAAGAAAGAAACAUUAUUAACGUAUUCACCUCCCCUGUAAGUCUUAUCACACCUUUUGUAAUAUUCAUUUAAGUCGUAUUAUUCGUUGAAG